UCACAACGCAAUAAUUUUCCGAUGCGCCGUUAAAAUUCUGAGAGAAAUUAAAAGGAGAAAAAUGCCCUAAAAUUAGACUUAAGGAGCAUUUAAGAGAAUAAUUUGUACAAUGCCAAGAGGAAGGGCAAAAGCGCUAAAUGCAGAGGGUGAUGGAUUCAGCCAGCCAAGUGCUCCAACAAAACGCAGAAAAAAAUCAAGGGCAAGUCCUGGAACUCCAGACAUGAUUCCACCACCAAUGGGUAGCUAUGGACAGAUGAUGCAGGGAAAUCCAAUGGAUGAUCCACGUGGAUAUCCACCUAAUUCCAUGCCUUUUUCACCCAAUUCUAUGCCAGAUGGCCCUUAUUCAAGUCACAUGGGACCAAUGAUGCCAGGUCCAGGUCGAGGAGGCCCAGUGCCAGGCUCUCAGGGACCGUAUCCCUACCCAGGGGGGCCUGGUCCUGGUCCAGGGCAUGCAAUGAAUCACCGUUUGCCUCAGCCAGGACAGAUGUCAUCUAUGGGGCCACAAAGCAAUGGAAAAGUCUACCCAUCAUCAGCCUCUAUGGUGUUCAACCCAUCUAAUCCUAAUGCCCCACCUAUCUAUCCAUGUGGUAUAUGUCAUAAAGAAGUGCAUGAUAAUGAUCAGGCAAUAUUGUGUGAGAGUGGAUGCAAUUUCUGGUACCACCGGAGCUGUACAGGUCUUACAGAGAUAGCAUUUAUCAUGCUAACUCAGGAGGUAUUUGCAGAGUGGGCGUGUGACCACUGUCUCCAGACGAGAAGUAUCCCACUUGUUAAAAUGAAAUCCUAAAUAUUUAUCAUUUGGUAAUCCUGGGAAUUGUUUAGUAUUUGUGUUUGCCAGAUUAUGUAAAUUCCUGUUCUCUUGUCAUGCUUUAUAUCUUAAAAAAAAGAUACUUCAGUGUUAUGUAAAGAAUUAUUGAAAUAUUCUUGUUAGGCAAAACAUAGUAUGGUUCAGGUAUGUUGGCUGACUAUAUUUUUGUGCCAACCCUAAUCAUAUUUUAAAUGAAGCAUAUUUUUCGGAGGCAUUUACUAGUAGUGUUGAACAUUGAAUUUCAUUUUGUUGUUAAUAGAAUAUAGUUUGCUUUAUUGACCUAUGACAUGAUUAUUUAUAUUUUGUCAAUAUCCUCAAUGAAGAGCUGUGAUGUGAUCUAGACCACUUUUUCUCCACUUUAAAGGCAUACGUUAGAGUCUGUGUAUAUGAGAUGGGGGAAACGCUGUUUUAAAGCACAGAUAAUUAUUUUCAGUAUUGGUGACCUAUGACUUUUAUUGUAUAUCUUUGUUUCUUAGAUGAUUGCCCUUCAAUAUCCAAAGUUAGAAGAAAUUCUGUCAUUGGGAAAAAUUUGCCCAUCUUGUAUACAGAGACUCAGAGCAUACGCCUUUAAAACUAGAUGACCACAUUUCUCACUAUUGAAAGGCAGGAAAUUCAUAGUGUAGAGGAGCAUUUGUUUUUAUGUUCAGGUAUGUUACAAUGCUGAACUUUCAAGUGAAAUAUUGAAAUCAUACACUGUUUAAUAGUUUGUUCUGCUGAAUUUUAAAAAAGAUCAAUUUCUAUAAAAAUGAGGCAGUUGGCUGAGAUAUAUAAUAUUGCAGAUUUGAUUUCUCUCAAAGAAUUUUGUGUGCUAUUAUCCCAUUUAUAAUUGUCUGUUGCCAUACCCUGUCUGCUGUUGUAUCGUACAUUUACAUGUAUAAGCAUGUAUUAUUAUUAAUAACAUGAGGGUACGUAAAAAAAAUCCUUCUUACCGGUAUGAGUUUUUGGUGUUCACUCUAUCCAGUGAUAGUUUUAUGUAAUUUAGAAUUGCUGGAAGUGAAAAUGUGUUCUUUAUAUUCAAUAUUUCACUAUGAGCAUAUUUGCUGUUACCAUUUUAUAUUGCAUUGAAGAAAGAAAGGGGGAAAUCUGGGCAUUCACAAUUGGUCUUUAUAACUGGAAAUUCUAUAUAACAGUGUCUGUUAAAAGUACAGUUUCUGUACAUUCAUGGAACAUUCUCUCAUAAUGAACAUUAGUGAGAUUUUUAACCCUUACCCUGCUAAAUUUCUAUACUGAAAUUGUCCAUCUUUCAAUUUGGAGAGUACCAUUACCUGCUGAAAGGGGUGCUUACCAAAAAGAUACUGACUGAAUGGCGAACAGUGCAGACCAUGAUCAGACUGCACGGAUGUGCAGGCUGAUCUUGGUCUGCACUGGUCGCAAAGGCAGAAUCACUUGCCACCAGCAGGCUAAGGGUUAAAAGUUUGAAUUGACAGAAUGAUAGUAUAAACAGUCAAUAGGUGUUAAAUUAUGGCAUCUUUCUGAACACAAUGAUGUUAGAGUCAGGUUGUUAAGUUGUGUAAAUGUUUGUGAUAUGUUUUAGGGUUAUAGAAGACUAAAUUUGAGUGUUGAUAGAAACAUUUUUUUUUUUUCAUUUUAGAUCUGAUUUGAUGUAGUUACUUACGUUGUUAAACAUUCUUUUAGAUUGAAAAUGGUAUGUGAAAUGUGCUGUUUGCUAUGUAUUUUUAUAUACUUAUGAUCUUGAAGUUUAAGAAUUCUUUUAAUCACAGCUUUUGCUUUUGGAUAUACUUUGAAUAUAUUUGCAUUGUAAGCAGGUUUUAGAAAAAAAAUACAAAAUUGUACUACUUUUUAGGUACAGUUUUAUUUGUAACAUAAAGAGUGAACAAAAUAUCCAUCCUUUAUAACUAUUAUAAGGUAGAGAGACAAGUGUGUAAAUCUCUUAUUAUCUGAACAUUCCAGUUAGCUUUAUUUAUUAAAUGUAUGUUUAUUUAAGAAUACUAGAGUAUUGGUAACCAUUUGUCUUAUAUACAGCUCAACUUCAGGUUGCCAAAAUUUUUGAUAUUAAGAAAGCACUCAGAUUUAUGAAACAGUGAAUGUAAAAAUUUGUCAGUUUUGUAGAAAUGUUCCUUCUCUGAGCCCCAUUAGUUUUGAGGUAUACAUGAAACUUACAGAAAUUGUAUUGAUAAUUUAUACACAUUUCUCUCUGCUUGAUAUUUGAUUAUAUAAUUAUAGCUAAAAGAAUUUGACUUCAGGUUUUCUUCAGAGAUGGUAUGUGAAUACAUUUCUUUAAACACACCAGUUGUU